AUGGAGAUGAAUUUCAAGUCUUCUUUCCAUGAAAAACCUGCAGAAGCUGAUGCUGAGGCAGAAGAAAGCUUGCGCUUUGACAAGUCUCUUCAGGAACUGAGAGAACUUCGGUGUCAACUACACAAUGCUGCAGAUUACUGUGAAACUACGUUCUCGAAAAGCGAAGAGAAGACUGAUGUGCUGGAGAACACAAAAGAUUACAUUUGCAGGACCAUGGUCACUGUUGUUGAUCAUCUUGGAAACGUCUCGGCCAAUCUCGAAGGUCUUAUUUCUCAGACAAAUGCAUUUUCUGAUGCUGAGUUACGAAUCCAAUGCCUAAAACAAAGACUUGUCUCGUGUGAACAAUAUGCUCGAAAAGCUGGCCUCACAAGAAUGCAAUGGAGUGAGAAUGUGCCAAGAUUCCAUCCGCGUUAUUUAUCGUCAACUCCUCCCCUUGGGAGCUCAAGCAGUAAAAAGUUAAUAAGAGGUAGUGAAAGUCAAGUUGCUUCAAAGAUAGAGGAUAAUCAUGUACCCAAGGCACAUGAAGAUUUGCCACUUUUUAUGUACACCUACAAGCCACGUCCAGCUCAGAAUUUGACUCCAACCACAGCUACACUUAACGGACACAAUAACAAUUUGGCCAUGGCAGUACCUGUUCGGGACGGUUUGUCAGUCUUAACAAAGGUUCCAAAUCCUACAUUUCAUUUCCAAAGUACCAAGAAGGUUGGACGCCACAGAAGAUCCUUCAAUGGUAGUGACAUCUUAUGGCUCAUAGGACGUACAAAACGAACCCAAUGAAAAACUGGAGAACUUA